AUGGGAAAAUUACAGUCUACAAUUGGCAUCCCCAUCAAAUUGCUUAAUGAGGCACAGGGACAUGUCGUGACUCUAGAGCUGACUUCUGGUCAAGUCUACCGUGGAAAACUCAUUGAAGGUACGGUGGAAGUCUCCAUGCAACUGUCAAUGACGGCGCAGAACCAGAUCCGUCGCGCUUUGCUUUAUUCAAAAACAUUGCUGACAUGCGAUACCUUUACAGCCGAAGACAACAUGAACGUUCAACUCAAAGACAUCACAGCCACAGCUCGCGACGGCCGAGUAUCGCAUCUCGACCAGGUCUACAUUCGAGGCAGCCACGUACGAUUUUUCAUCGUUCCAGACAUGUUGCGAAACGCUCCUAUGUUCAGAUCGCGAGGCACAAGAGGUCGCGGUGUUGGUUUGGCUCGAGGCAGAGCUACCGUCAACAGAGCAAGAGCUGGGAGACGAGGUUGA